AUGAUUGAAGAUUUUAAUGAAUUAAGUCCAAUCUAUCGUGAAAAGUAUAGAUUGACAGUUUUACCAAAAUGGAGGAAGAAAUUAGUAAUUUUAAAAAUGAUUUUAUUAGAAGUUAUAUUUUUAAUUCAAGUUACCUUUAGAACUAUAAAAUCAAUUUUAUAUUAUUUCUUCACACACAAGAAAGGAUACCUCGUAAAAGAUAUUAAAUAUGGUCCAAAUGAUAGAAAUCAUUGUGAUAUUUACAUACCUUCAUCUUCAAAUUACCUUUUAAAUAAUAAAAAAGAUUUACCUGUAGUUAUAUUUAUGCAUGGUGGAAGUUGGGGUUUUGGCCAUAAAUUACAAUAUAUUUUAUUAGGUAAAAAAUUAUCAGAAAGAGGUAUUGUUACAAUGGUAAUAAAUUAUAGAUUAACACCAAAAGGUAAUAUUGAUGAUAUGUUAGAGGAUAUUGAUACUGCAACAUCAUUUUGUUAUGAAAAUAUUGAAAAUUAUGGUGGUGAUAAAAAUAAAAUCUAUUUAAUGGGUCAUUCAGCAGGUGGUCAUAUCAUUUCACAAUAUGUUGUUGUCAAUUAUUCAAAACCAAUUGAUAAUGAACAAAAAAAUAAAAAAAGAGUACCAUUAUCUGGUAUUUUCCCAUUAUCAGCUCCUUUGCAUAUUAAUGAUCACUUUUUAUUUGAAACUAAAAGAGGUGUUGAACAUAUUUCACCAAUGAGACCAGCAAUGAAAGGACCAAAAUAUUUUGAUGAAUAUUCACCAAGUGCAGUAUUAGAAAAGAUUAAAGAUAAAUCAAUAAGAGAUGAAAAAUUAUCAACUCCAUUCCCAUCAUUUUAUAUUUUACAUGGUGUAGAUGAUGCAACUGUACCAUUAUCAUCAUCAACUAAAUUCUUUUCAAUAUUAAUGAGAAAAUUAGCAAAUCCAACUGCAAGAACUUUAUUUUUAAAAGCAUAUCCAAAAAUUAAACACAUUGAUUUUAUUUUUAAUGUAUGUGAUGAUAAUUUAAUUAUUGAAAGAAAUAUUUUUAAUGGUAUAGAAGAUGAUGAUAAUAAUAAUGCUGAAUCAAUUUUAAAUGAUAUUAUUAAUAUUAUAAAAUAUUAA